AUGAGCGCCCUCCGUGCACCGAACCACCCCUCCAUACUCACUGGUAUUUUUGAGCCUAUUGCUGAUUCUAUACCCGAGGCCCAACAUGGCAAUCAAUAUGGAGUCCUUACCACACCUAGCUUCUUUCAAUGCGCUGGCUACAUGGAAGAGGAAGCAACCGACUUUGAGGUAAAUUUGAUCACAAACACCGCAUUGAGUAACGUCCUGGAGGCUGGAGCAUUAUACAUGAUUAGUGGUAGGCUCAUAGUGCUCAAUGAUGGAUCAACACCCACCCUCACCUAUAAUCACGACACCAUUGUCCCGAUCCCGCGCCACGGUACAGCUGUUCCAGAAACAACUAACAAGACUUCCGCAGUCGGACUUGGCCAUGUGGUGGAAAGAGCAGAAGUUAUGCCAGGCAACAGCGAGAAUAGCCCUCGCCUGGAAGUGAUAGUAGCACAUAACGACUGGGAUGCUAUUGCCAGGACUCACCGGCGAUUCCUUGUCAAAUACAUAAUCCCCGGCUCGAAGAACUUCAUCAAGACUCACACGUUGUAUCAAGUCGGCCGAGAGGUUCAACUCCUCAGCUAUCUGGUUGAUUUCGAGCUAGAACGCAACAUGGCUGUAUUUGGAGUCCAUUCUGUCAGCUUGACCUCAGGACACCAAAUAGGCCGCUCAUCAGGGGUUGCGUCGUCCUCAGGUAACAGGACCUCUCGAAAUGGCCGCAAGUUUGUGAAGUUCGGAUCACAACCCUCCCAAUCUGCAGGUGAACAACCUCAUGACAACCCCGACGAAGGGGGACCCUCGGUACCAUCAAGUUCUGACAGAAACAAAGGCAAAGGCAAAGCAUUAGCUGACGUUGACGGUGAAGCAAACACCUCUGAAGAAGAAACAACCAUCGAGGCUCAGUCAUCCCCCCAAGUUGCGCCUCACACUAGCACCCAAAGAGGCCGCCCCCGCAUGAAUAUUCUCAAGGAUGCUGCCAAACGGAUGAAAAGAGCCUAG